AGUGGGUCUGGUCGCUCGCGUGCGUGUUUGGUUGCUUUUGAUUGCUCCUUUUUUAGCUGCAGUGCAGUGCGUGUGGCUUCGCAGUCGCGGAAUCGGCCGGAAAAGUCGCUUUUUUCGCUGUGCAAAGUCGCCGGCCCCGGUGCCAACGGUAUCACUUCCGAUUCGCGCAAUCACCUCACUCUGUCCGAUUGUGUCUCUAAAUGCAGCAUAACUAGCAGAGUGACAAAGGCAGCCAGCAGCAAUCACUCCUAGAAUGACCGACAACAACAACUUCCACAUCCCGCAGCAUGUCAUCAAGCAAGAGCCGUCGGCGGCGCCGGGUUCGUCACCCUCGCAGCACCAGUUCCAGGUGUACUACUCCCACCAGCAGCAGCAGCAGCAGCAGCCACUGUCCCAGAAGGGGCCGCCGGCGACGACGUUGAAGGUGAUCGAAUCGAUGGACUCGCCAACGUCAUCGUCGUCCGUGUCGGUGACGGGGUUGGACUACAGCACGCACCAUCACCACCCGCAGCAGAUCAUCGAGUACGAUCCGACGAGCGAUCCGAACCAUCCGGUGAACGUUAUCAUCGAGCACCAGCAGGUGGUGGAAACUCAGCCAUCGAUCGAGCAGCAGGAACAGAGCGUAAUUGAGGCGCUCUGCCAGCAGGCUCACCAGAAUCGGCUCCAGCGGAAGCGGUUGCGGUUGGACAAUCAGCAGCCCGAGAACAACGGUUCCGGCUAUCCGAGCGACGAGGACGACGAGGAGGACCCUCGCCGGAAGGUGGUUCACCACGGCGCUGGCGCUGCGGCGGGUCAAGAGUCCAUCGAAGAGCAGGAGCAAAGUAUUAUCGAGGCACUCUACCAACAGCAGCAGCAGAACCAGUUGCGAAAACAGUUGAUUCAUGAACCCGCCAGCAACCAACAGCAGCCGCAGCAGCACAACCCGCCACUCCACCAUCCGGUGUUGGCCGGCUUCCAGCAUCGGCACUCGUCCACGCCACCGUCGCGGUCGAUUUCGCCCUCCCAGUCGCCGACCGUUUCCGGCACGACCGACUCGGUCAGCUCACGCAUCUCAUCCGGACCGGCGUCGGCUGCUCAGUUGCAGUCGCACCACCAACUUCCGGCGGCGGCUGCCCUCUCGCUGGCCAACAUCAACCAGAACAAUUUUAUCGCGCGACUCAUCAGUAAGGACAACAUUCUGCUGAUAUCGGAGGAUCUGAUCGAGAUCGGACGCAACUCGUCCCGGGCCCAGGUGGACUUUCACGUCGGUUGAAACAGCUUCGUGUCGCGGAAACAUCUGCUGCUGCACCACGACCACACCGACGGCGAGUUCUACCUGUCCUGCUUGAGCAAAAACGGCGUCUUUAUCGACAACGUGUUCCACCGGAAAGGUGCCGAACCGUUCCUGCUGCCGAGAGUGUGCAGCAUUCGGUUUCCCAGUACAAACAUCAAGAUUCAGUUCGAGAACUUGUACCACAAAAAUGCCACCGACGGCCCGCGGGACCUGUUGGAAACCAUCGGUGGACCAUUUGCUACGAGCAGUAGCAGCAACCUGGGACUUGGUGGUCCCACGAGUGGCGGCAACAACGCCGGAAAUAUCCACCAGGCUCUUUCGUCGAACAGCAACAACAGCAGCAUGUACGCUCCGCUGAAGAUCUCUAUCCCGCCGGAACCGCCCAGUUCGUCGUCGUCGAUGGAACACAUCGAGAUGAGCGGGCGCAUCCGGGACAACGGCAAGAGUCCGUACCCGUCGCCAACGGGAACGAUCAGCGCGGCCAACAGCUGUCCGACGAGCCCCCGUCAGGGUUAUCACGAUUUCUCCGCGUACAGCAUGGUCGGCGUCGGCGGCGGUGGUCCGGGCGUGCUCGGUCACGACGGUGGCGGGGGCGGCAUGGGGAUGCUCAGCGCUGGCAACUCCAGCUUUAACGACUUCCAACCACCCGCCACGUCCCAGUCGCUCGAAAACGAGAAGCCACCGUACAGCUACGCCCAGCUGAUUGUGCAAUCGAUCUCGGCCUUGCCCGAGAAGCAGCUCACGCUAUCCGGAAUCUACUCGUUCAUCUCGAAGAACUACCCGUACUACCGAAACGGCGCAAACAAGGGCUGGCAGAACUCGAUCCGGCACAACAUCAGCCUGAACCGCUACUUCAUCAAGGUGCCCCGGUUGCAGGACGAACCGGGCAAGGGCAGCUUCUGGCGGAUCGACCCGAACAGCGAGCUGAAGCUGAUCGACCAAAGCUACCGCAAGCGGCGCCAGCGGGGCAGCCAGUGCUUCCGGACGCCGUACGGCAUGCCCAAGUCGGCACCCGUUUCGCCCACGCCGAUGGACCCGAUGGCCGAGAGCCGCGAGGGUUCGCCCAUCGACGAGGAGCUGCUGCUGCAGUCGGCGCCCGGUUCGCCCGGCCAGAUGGUGGCGGCGAACGCGUACGUGCACAGCAGCACCGGCACCAGCGUGGCCGGCCAUCCCGGACAGGAGGUUCAAUUUCUAGAAAUUCCCUCAAAGUCAUCCACCAAACAGCGCGGCGUCCAUCCGGAGUCGACCAACAAUGGUGGCGCCGGCAACAGGUCCAUCAAACAACAACCGCAACCGUCAACAGCCCAGGUGGUGGCCUCAUCGACAGCAAAUCUGUAGGUACAAUCGUGCGUAACCAAGCGCGCAGUGAGAUUUUCCACCUUUCUUUUUUACAAACAAAAAAAAACAAAAACACUCUUACAAAAAAAAACUAUUUGUAUGGUAAAGAUAUAAACAAAAAAAAACAACAAUUCUAUAUAUAUUAUUACUAACAGUAAGUCCAAAGCGCGAACAAGCCGCUACUGUGUUCGUAUGUAAUAUUGUUUUAGUGCAAGAAUCAAACCAGGCUAGAGCAAAUAAACUGGUUUGUAACAAACAAAGAGAGCCGGAGUUCACAAAGUAGAAGAGAAAGAGCACCCAACCACACGGUCACCACACGUGCACCUUCUCAGAGUAGAACAAAACAAAACAAAAAUCUAUUCUUUCAGUAGAAGUGGUUUGUAGUUGAAUGUAUCGAGCGUGUAACAGGCUAACGAAAAGAUUGUAUAAAAUGUCGAUGUUGUUGCUUUUUAGAUAAAAACUAAAACAAAACAAAAAAAAACUCUGGUCCACCUCUGUUUGUCCGCCCGCGUCGCUCUUUCUUCGGAGAAAAGGCUCUCCGUGCCCGUUGUUUCCCCUUUUUUGAGAGUGUUGAGCGAGAGCGGAGAGAACAAUAGCGAACCACCAAACUGUCAAGAUUUCUGGAAACGAUCGUGCACACCAACAGAAGCAAAGUAGCAACAACAUCUGCGCAAAAAAAUACCCCGAAACCGAGUGUUGUUGAGUAGGAAUCAAAACCACACAAACAAACCAAUACACACACACAGAUAGACUAACAAAAUGUUUAAGCUUAACGAACAAACUGAUUUUAAGUUGGAAGUAGCGAAAAAGAAUCGCCACCGAACUCAUCCAUCCACAUCCACACAGACACACGCGUGUACACUUACACAAAACACUCUUUCACAGACACACAGAAGAAGGAGGAGGCAAACAUGAGAGAGAGUGACACACACACACACAUUCAUGCAUCUGGAAAGUCGAUUGUUAUUAUACUGUUGGGUUCGUGA